GUGUUUUAAUUGAUAAGGAAACAUAACAAGAAAGCUAGAGGGAAUUUUCUUCAGUUGCUUUUACAACUUUGCUGGGUAAAGACAUGGUUUCUGCGCUGGUUUUGCUCUCUUUUGGCGUUCUUCGAAUGAUCUUCGCGAGUGAUCAAAGUGUUCGUUGGUGUGGUUCUUUUGCUGCAGAUGUUAUAUUGAACUUUACAGGCAAUAUUGACAAACCAGAUGAUGGAAAAUGCGGGAAUGCCUACGAAAACAGGAAUAGAGUGUAUUCGGAUUGCGGUGAAUCGUGCAAAUUCUAUCUGAAGCAAUUAUACCAAGAGGACGAGGAGGAGAGAGUGUGCAUAAGAUUUUGCCGCCCUCUGGAUAAGAAGCAGUGCUACUGCCGCCACCCUUUCGUUCGCAGCUGCAAAGGCGCUUGUGUGACGGCGAAGGAAUGCGAUGACAGCAAGGAAGAGGAGAAGGAAUGUCCGAAUGGUGAUGAAUAAA